AUGGAAUCUAGCUUCAAAAUAAAUUGCUAUAGACAUAAGUUAUUGGGAAAUAAAUUAUGUAUAAUAGAAGUUACUUCUAAUAAAAUUAUAAUUACAAACAUUUCAGACUUGCCUAAUAAGAGAAAUGAAUUGGACAUAAAUUAUAAUUUGUUUAUUGAUUUUAAAGUUAAGAACAAAUAACUCUAAGCUAUAGGAUUAAUAACAAAUAAACAUCACUGGUAUUAUGCUGAUAAUGAAAAUUUAAUCAACUUAAAAUAAAUUUUAGGUGCAAGGGUGGUGUUUAAAGGAGUAAACACAUUAUAUAAUCCAUUAUAAUAAAUUGGAUAAGGAACAUUUUCAAAUGUUUACUUAUUACAAAGUAAAACAAAAAGUUAUGAAUAUUAUGCUUGUAAAUGUUUAGACAAAGCUUAAGUAGAUGAAUAAAUUGGUAGAGUAAUUAAUAUGUGUUAUGAUGUUAGUAAGGAUUGUUUGAAGAAGUAAAAGCUAUGGUUUCUUUGAAACAUUAAAAUAUAGCAGAAUUAUUGGAAGUGUUUGAAGGUGAUGUAUCUUAUUAUAUGGUAAUGUAAUAUUAUGAUCUUGAAUUUAUUGAUAUUCUAAAUGAUUUAAAUGAUGAAGAUAUCCAUAUCAUAUUUAAAUAAUUAGUUACAGCUGUAAAUUUUAUGCAUGAAAAAGGAUAUAUGCAUAGAGAUUUAAAACCAGAAAAUAUUAUGUUUAGUGAUAGUAUAUAUUAAUUGAAACUCAUUGAUUUUGGUUUAACUACAAAAGAUUCAGGCAGAUCUAAAUGUGGUACACCUGGUUAUAUUGCUCCUGAGAUUUUAAAUUUUGAUACUAAAAUUAAUGAAUAUAAUGAAAAAUGUGAUAUAUUUUCAUUAGGAGUUAUAUUCUAUAAGAUGUAUAUAUUUAAUUAUUAUUAUAAGGUUAACAUAGAAUGAUUUAUUUAAUGGAUCAAAUCAUGAUGAGAUUUUAGAAAAUAAUGCUAAAUGUAUUACUAAUUUUGAUUUAUUAAAUGGAAAUCCAAAGAUUUCAAAAUAAGCAAUAAAUUUAUUAAAAUUAAUGCUUCAAAUUGAUCCUACAUUAAGAAUUGAUUCAAAUUCAAUUUUAAAACAUGAAUAUUUUGGUGUUUAAGAAAUAACUCUUAAUAAUACUAUUAAUAGUGCUAAUUCACUUUCAAGAAAACAUUCAUCUGUUAUAAAAAUAUUAUCUCCAUUAUAAAAGAAAAAUUUCAUAUUUAAUUCUCCUUUUUCUUUUCAUGAUGAUGAAUGUAUUGAAAAGGAAGCUUCAAUGCAACCCAUUCCUAUUAUGGUAAUGAAAGGAGGUUCAGUACAUGAUAUAACAAAAUAUAAAAAUUCUGGGAAAAAUAGAAAACUCUCUAAAGAUACUACCAAAAAAUAUCAGACUACUGAUUUUGAUGAUAUUAUUGCAGAUAUUAAACAAAAUAAUAAUUAUAGACCUCCAAAACCAAAUUAAUUAUAAGAAAUGUAUAAUGAAUGA